AUGGCUAACAGCAGCUCUGUCAGUGAGUUCCUCCUCCUGCCAUUUGCAGACACACGGGAGCUGCAGCUCCUGCACUUCGCACUCUUCCUGGGCAUCUACCUGGCUGCCAUCCUGGGCAACGGCCUCAUCCUCACCGCUGUAGCCUGCGACCACCGCCUCCACACCCCCAUGUUCUUCUUCCUCCUCAACCUCGCCCUCCUCGACCUGGGCUGCAUCUCCACCACUCUCCCCAAAGCCAUGGCCAAUUCCCUCUGGGACACCAGGGCCAUCUCCUAUGAAGGAUGUGCUGCACAGGUCUUUCUCUUUGCCUUCUUGACUGGAGCAGAGUUUUCAGUCCUUACUCUCAUGGCCUAUGAUCGCUACAUUGCCAUCUGCAAGCCCCUGCACUAUGGGAGCCUCCUGGGCAGCAGAGCUUGUGCCCAGAUGGCAGCAGCUGCCUGGGGCAGUGGAUUUCUCCAUGCUGUGCUGCACACUGCCAUUACAUUUUCCCUGUCCCUCUGCCAAGGCAAUGCUUUGGACCAGUUCUUCUGUGAAAUCCCCCAGAUCCUCAAGCUCUCCUGCUCAGAUGCCUACCUCAGGGAAGUUGGGGCACUUAUGUUUAGUGUUUCUUUUUUAUUUGGUUGUUUUGUUUUCAUUCUUUUCUCCUAUGUGCAGAUCUUCAGGGCUGUGCUGAGGAUGCCCUCUGAGCAGGGACGACACAAAGCCUUUUCCACUUGUCUCCCUCACCUGGCUGUGGUCUCCCUCUUUGUCAGCACUGCCAUGUUUGCCUACCUCAAGUCCCCCUCCACCUCCUCCCCAUCCUUGGACCUGGUCUUGUCUCUUCUGUACUCAGUGGUGCCUCCAGUAGUGAACCCCCUCAUCUACAGCAAGAGGAACCUGGAACUGAAGGAUACCUUAAGGAAAUUAUUUACAUUCUUGCUUCUUAAGCAUCAGAAACGUGACCAUCAUCUUAACAAGACAGGCCACUUGCUUCUGGGCUUCACCAUGGAUCAGAGUCCCAGAGUGAUCAGUGAAGGACUGAGGGCUGAACUGAGAGUAUCCUUCUUGGUUGCACAUGGCCCAGUAAACUGUAACUGGCCUUUGACUUUCCUGCCUGGUACUGUCCAACUGGUGCUGGGACUGAUGGUAAAUGGCAUCCUGGAGAGCAAUCUGGAGAGGAAGAAUUUAUUCAUUGAAUCAGUAAGGUUGGAAAAGACCUCCAAGAUCAUCUGGUCCAACCAUUUCCCUACCGCCAGGAUCAUCCAUUAA